GAUACGAUUAGCAUCUACCUGCGAGUCACAGUGAAGCAUUGGAUUAAGACAACAUGCAGUUCGAGAGUUGCAAAUUUAUUUUGUUGGCCUUCAGUCUGGCCUUUAUAGUCUACCAGGUGGAGUCUCUGCGACUCUGUGGCAAUGAUCUGCCCGAGGCGUUGGCCAAGAUAUGUGUAGCCGGUUACAACACCAAGAUGAAGCGAACAGUGCCAAGGGAAUACAAUGGUAUCGAUACAAUCGAGAGCAACGACAACGCUUUGGGAUAUUAUGGCGCCUACUCGGAUCUCGACUUCAAUUCACAGCCUCUUCUCCGUGCUCUACUGGGAGAGAGUGCUCAUCAGCUACUGUCAACCCGACGUCGUCGUCUCGGUAUCUCCGAUGAAUGCUGCUUAAAGUCUUGUUCCUGGAAUGAACUUAGCAUGUACUGCAAUAACGAGCCAGUUCAAUGAAUCUCUUAAAAAUCACACCGACUAAUUCAGAGUUUCAUAUAAAUUAGACCCUCGUUUGCUGAUGUGUCUAAGCCUCUAACUGCAUAAAAGUUUUUAAGUCGCAUAUAUGCUUUUUGCAAAAAUUUAUAAAAAAAACUCAACAAAAAAUUUUAGAUAA